AUGAGUAAUAUCAAGAAAAAACAAGAUAAAAACUUUAAUAACAAACACAAACAUUUAAGAAAUCAGCCCGCAUUUUCAAUCAGAAAACCUGUUUUGCAACCACCAUUGCGUCUAAAAUCUUUUCCAACAACAAAAGAGAUUAUGAAAUUAGUUGAAAAGUUAAUUUCAAAACCAAAGGUGGCAAGGUUUCCAAACUCAUUUUUAAUUUAUCGUAAUACUUACGUUAAAUACCUAAAAGACAACGGCCACAGUAUUCCCAUGACGCAGCUUAGUACUAUGGUGAAACUUUCGUGGAAAAGUGAACCCUAUCACGUAAAGGAAACAUACACUAAAAUUUCUAGUGAGAUCGAAGAGUUAUAUAAUCAAAUAGUUGGAACGAAUCAUCUCAUGAAAAAUCAAUUGUCUCUCGAUGAGCAUCUCUCAACCAAAUCCCAACUUCCUAUAGAUGGAUUUGAUUUCUCUAAUGAAUCACAUUCUAAUCCUUUCGUUACAAUUCCAUCCUAUCCUUCAUAUCCUUUAGGAGAACCGCUUUUUGAUCCUCCUUUUGUGUUAAUUCCAUCUUGCCCACCUUAUCCUUUAUAUAAUCACCUUUAUCAAAUGGGAUGUACAAAUAUUCCAAUUUUCUAUAUGAAUGAUGAAAUUAAUGAAACAUCGAGUGCUGAAAACGAGAUCAGCAACCAGCAAUUAUUGUCUUUGCAUAAUUUUUAUCAAUAG